AUGCAUACGUUGGAAAGUCAAAACAAUCGACAGUCAGAAGAAUUAGCUGCUAAAGUCUCUCGACUAAAACAUAUUGCAUUUGAUAUUGAAAAAGAAACAAACGAACAGAAUCGGUUUCUUAACUCAAUGCAUCUAGAUUUUGCUACUGCACGUAAUUUUCUUGGUGGCAGUGCCCGUCAUUUCACUCAUGUUAUGUCGAGUGGACGAGGUGAUCGUCGAGUUAUGUGUUAUCUUAUUGGUGCAAUUAUUUUAGCUUUUUUCUUUCUUUAUUACACUGUCAGUUCAUUUCGAAAUAAGUAA